AUGAGGCGAGACCCCGACAAGAUGAUUCUGGAGCCAGACCACCCUCUGAUGGAGAAAUUCCAGAAGUCCCUGACGGAAUUUCUCCAGAAGAGGCAGUCGGCCUUAGACGAAGAGAUUCGGGGUCAUAGAGCCAGACUCCGUCGUGUGAAAGAAGAACACGAAGAACUCGGACUUAACCUUUUCGAUGCUCAACACCGAUUGGAACAGCAGCAGACCCAACUGACCAAGUACUACGACAGGAUGGAAACAGUCGUCGAGCAAAAAUCGGCGACGGAUUCCCGAGUCCAGGAACUCACCGAUGCGUAUCUCCGAGCUCGGAAGAUCGUCGAGGAGAACCGGAAGACUGAGAGAUGCCUUCAAGAGCAGGUGGAGAUCCUGGCCUACGAGUACCGUUGGGUUUCCACCCUGCAACAGGACAUGGACGUCGGAGUGGACGUCCUGAGGAACGCCUUGCAGAAGACGACGAAGACUUUGGACGAGGCGGCCUUGGAGAAGAAGAAGCAGGACCUUCUGCUUAAUAAACUUUCUAUCACGCUGGGUCGGUUGGAUCAAGAGCUCAAGACUCUUCGAUCUCAAUAUUCGAUCAAGAAGGAGGAACUCAGCGAGGUGGAGAAAGCGAUUCGUCUCGUUGAGGACGACAUCGUGGACGCGGAAAAGCGGCGAAAGGAACUCGUCAAGGGUUGGCAGAACGUCCUGCACAGUUCCCGGAAACAGGACGAGGCUUACAUCGCCUUGAAAGAGAAGUUACAGGUCGAGGAAGACACCCUGAAUGCCGUCAGACUGGAGAUCCGAGGAUUCCAAGAAGAUUUCGACCGCGAGACCCGGCAAAGCGAGGAACUGAAUUCCAAAAUCAGCCAAGCCGAGGACGAGAUCCGAAAAAGCGGGAAGGAGCUGCAGCGAUUCCACGAAGACUGCGAGGAACUGGAGAAGGAAUUAGACAACGCGAAUCGUUCUCUCAUGACUAUGGACGGACUCCGGGAGCACGAAGAGACUCUGCGGAAGGACUUGGAAAGCAAGAAAGAGCGAGAUCACAUCAAGUUCCAAAAUCUGCUCACGAACAAGAGGAAGCUGGAGGACGAGAUGGAAUCCCGGUUGCAUGACGCUAUGGCGACCAAGUCCAGCAUUAACAACUUGGGACAAAAGAGAUUUCAGAUGCUGCAACGAAACCGCGAAUUGGAAAGGAAGUUGGCGGAACAGGAGAACGCAAUCGCAGGAGUGACCCUCAAGCUUUGCGACUGCGAUGCAGACAUCAAAGACCUCAAGGACAGCCUUCAGGACGCCGAAUCUCGUCGGCAAAUGGUGGGCGAGGCCUUGAAAAAAGCGGAACGAGAAUUGAGGAACUCCGACCGACUGUUGAAACUCAAGCAGAGUCAGGUGGACGGACUCCAGAAACGACUAGACGAUCUCAUCGCCGACCCGGGCCGGGGAGAAUACGAUCAUCUAACCGGAACCAUCAAACGCCUGAAGAAGGACAUCGAAGAAGUCCGCUCCCGGCACCGAAAGUCGCAAAAACUCUGGCUGAGACUCCAAAAUGAUUUGGUGGAGGCUUCGGAGGCGAAGGCGAACGCGGAGGAGCAGUUGCACGCCUGGCGAGACAAAGCCCUGCUCUUCGUUGAGAGGAAACUCCGAAUGACGGCCGAGCUGGCCGACGUGGAGGGGGAGAUCAAGUUCACCGAGAAAGGGGUGAAGGAGAUGCAGAGGGCGCUGUUACACAUGAAUCAGGUCCUGCACGAGCAGAGGGAGGUCGAAGAGGGUCUGGUCGAGAACGCCAAGGUCCUGGAGAAGGCCUCAAAGGCCAAGGCCCGGGACAGGCAGAAAGACUUGGAAGACUUGCAGGAACGGGUUGGAAAUGCCGAGGGCAAGAGACGGGACAUCCAGGAGAGACUUGUCGAUGCGGAAGAAUCUUUAUUGGCCCUAGAACGAGACACGAAAUUGUGUCGAGAUCUCAAGGCCCAGGUGGAAUCGGAAGAGAAGGAAAGCGGGGAAAUGCAGCGAAUCCGCCAUGCGAUACUGAAGACGAAACACGAUACUGCCCUCACGGUCUCCCGUCAGAAAGAGAUCGCUCACCGUCUCCAUACCUGCGUCUCUCGUCGUGACACCCUAUGCAUGCGGGCCGAAUCCGCCCUUCUCACCUCAAAAAAGAGGCCCUCCGCCGUCGCAGUCCGCAAGGUCAAGGAACUCCAGGAAGCGACCCAGAGGGCCAAGAAGAACGCCUCGACCUUGGAGGUCCGGCUCCAAGAAGCGGAAGAAGAGCAAGAAGCCGAAAAGAAAAAGCUCCACGAAUACCGACGGGAACUGGCAGACCAGAAAUCCCGAAUCAGGUCGCUACAGGAGACCCUCAACCAGACCCUCUACCACCGAGCCAAGAACAUGGAGGACCUCCGAAUCAUGCAGCUCACCGGCAAGUGGCUGGAGGCCAUCCGAGACGGCAAGUACACCCUCCUCUUCCGAGACGAGGACAGGCUGCCCGGAGAGAUCCGCAAGGAGGAGGAGCAAUCGGAGGUCCUGCACCAGGUUGCCUCCCAGCUAUUGGAGCGAUUCUCCGGAUCGGAGAAAUUCCUUCACGCCAAAGCCCUUCUCUCUCCCGAUCACUCGCAACAAUGA